AUGUCAGACGAUGGUUCUAUUGAUCUAUCAUUUAUUUCAGAUCCAAGUGACUUUCCUCAAGCGUCACUUAAACUUCUUGACACUCUUCCACGUUGUUCAGUAUGCAAGGACUUUUUUAACACACCAAUGAUUGCUGACUGUGGGCACGUGUAUUGUUCCCUUUGUAUUCGACGGUGUUUGAACAUAGAGCAAGUUUGUCCAGUUUGCCGAGCGAACAUAUCGGAAUCGCAAUUAUUCAAAAGUCCUGAUACAGAAAAUAUUGUACAAGCAUGGACAAACAUGAGACAAACUUUAUUGCAAGGUGCUCUUAAAGACGAAAAAACAAAAGACAUUUCUUCCAUAAAGACGGAAACAUUUACCACUGAAACAAGUUCGACAAACGAGCAGUUUAGUGUAAAAAGAAAACAUUUGCAUAUGCCGGAAUCUACCAAUAAUUUUACUCCGCCUGAUUUAUAA